AUGGCAAAUCAAUUAAUCAUAGUGCUUGGCACGAUCUUGAUCGCACCCUUAAACGUUGAAAAUCUUGCACUUAAGAGUCCAGGUUUUGUAGAUCGUGAUCGACAAAUUAAAAAUUGUAAUAGCUUUUCGAAUAUUCCUCUCACAAAUUCGUUUACUGCAGGUCAAUCUAGGUCGAAUAAUAGAUUUCUUCCGCGCAAAAAAGCUUGGCUGUUGAGUAUCAAGGGUUCUGAUUGGUUAAAAUCAAAUAAUGUAUUAUCAUUUGACCAAUACAAAUCUGAAUGGGAUUCCGAUUCUACCUCUCUUGCUACUUUUAAUAUUCGACAUGUUAAGCCGGGCAAAUAA